AUGGUUUCCUGGACAGAAAAACACCGCCCAACAAGACUCCAGGAUGUAAGCGGUAAUGAGCACGUGAUCAGAGCUCUGCAAUCGUUUACAUCCAUGGAGGCUACCCCGAAUAUGAUUCUACACGGUCCACCGGGAAGCGGAAAAACCUCAUCGAUCAUUUCAAUGGCGAAAAGCUUCUUCGGAAGGACCAACAUCUCCACCAUGACCCUCGAACUUAACGCGGGAGACUCCCGGUCAAUUGGGACCAUGCGCGACCAGAUUCAUUUCUUUACUAGAUGCUCCUCUGUGACAGACAGAUCGACCAACGCGCUAAAGUUGGUCAUACUAGACGAAGCGGAUGGCCUCACUAGUUGCGCACAGCGCGCCCUGAGGCACCUGAUCGAAACCACAAGUGGUCGCGCAAGAUUCUGCCUUUGCUGCAACUACAUCAGUAGGCUGUCCAGCGGAUUGCGAUCCAGAUGCACUUCAUUCAGCUUUUCUGGGAUUGGAAAGGUGCAACUCGCUCACACUCUACGGGAAGUAGCGCGGAAAGAAAGACUACAAGUAUCAGAGGAGGGGUUGGAGGCAGUGGUGAAGGUUUGCGCGGGAGAUGCCAGGCAGGGCAUCAACCUACUACAAAGCCUCAGCCUUGGUGAAGCCACAACUCUUGUUGUGCGCGACGACCAAGCCGUUUACGCUACGUGCGGCUUACCCUCCCCCUCGCAAACCAGUGAGAUUUUCGACGUGCUACUCAACCAAAGCUUUUCCGCUGGGUACACAACGCUCACGUCCUUUGUUGAACUCCAUCAGUUUUCUCUCCUGCAGAUGAUCCCCCCUCUGGUAGAGAGUAUCAUUUCGUGCAGUGACAAGGAGAUGAGUGCGGACAGAGUGGGAGGAAUAUUGUCCACGCUUGCUGAUGUCGAACGUUGCUUGUCAAAUGGAGGGUCGGAGGGUAUCGCCAUGGGGGCGAUGGUGGGUGCCUUUCACCGGUGA